AUGCCACAUCAUGCAGUAUGGAAGGAAGAGAGCACGACUACAAAGUGCAGGGUGGUAUUUGACGCGUCGUGUAAGACCAGUUCCGGGCGCUCGUUAAACGAACUGAUCUUAGUGGGUCCACAGCUACAAGAGGAUAUUUUGUCCAUCUAUAUAAGAUUUCGCUUUAAACCUGUUGUAUUAGUUGCUGACGUGGAAAAGAUGUACAGACAGGUAUGGGUUGAAGAAAACGAUCGAGCUCUUCAACGCAUUCUAUGGAGAACUGAUCCAAACCAGCCGAUAGGAGUAUUUCAGUUAAAUACUAUAACAUACGGAACGGCUUCGGCUCCGUAUUUGGCCGUUAAAACACUUCAACGAACGUUUGAAGAUCAUGGAAAGAGUUUCCCCAAGGCAUGUGAGUGCAUGAAAGAUUUUUAUGUAGACGAUCUACUAACAGGGGCAAGCACUGAAGAUGAAGCCAAGGAAAAGAAGAGGCAAUUAGAAGCAGUGUUGGCGAAGGGCGGAUUUAAGUUGCGUAAAUGGGCUUCCAAUCGACCAACAGUACUUGAAGGCGUAGCAAAGGAAGAUUUGGCUCUUCUAUUUGAGAGUGAGUCAAAACCGAUUGGAACACUGGGAAUUAGUUGGAUCCCCAUCACAGAUCACGUGUCCAUACGAAUGAGAACUCUAGAACCCGUCGAACCGAUAACUAAACGCACUGUGUGUCGAAAUAUUGCUAAGAUUUACGAUCCUUUAGGGCUGCUAGAUCCUGUAAAGAUGAUAGCAAAGAUAUUCAUGCAACGGUUGUGGACGUGGAAAACAGAAGGCGAUAGGGCAUUGGACUGGGAUGAAGAACUCCCUGUGCAGCUUAAACGCGAAUGGCACAGCUAUGUCGAGCAAUUGAGUAAGGUAAGAAAUGUUUCAGUACCACGUUUAGUAUGCCCAUCAGAUUGCACGAUAAUGCAGAUCCACAUAUUUUGUGAUGCGUCAGAAAAGGGCUACGGAGCAUGCUCUUACAUACGUGCCGAAACAAUGAAUGGCAAGGUGUCAUCAAUACUAUUAAUAUCGAAGUCAAAGGUGGCUCCGAUCGCCAAUAGACAAACAUUGGCUCGCCUGGAGUUAUGCGCAGCGGUAUUAGGUAGUCGAUUAUACGGUUUCAUCAAGGAGUCAUUGAGGGCCGAGUUAAGAUGUUACCUAUGGACUGAUUCGAUGACGGUACGACAUUGGAUAAACUCAUCACCGAGUCGAUGGAAAACCUUCGUUGCCAACCGUGUAGCAAAAAUACAGAGACAUACGAAGGAGUGCGUGUGGAAGCACGUUCCAGGUGCAGAAAAUCCAGCGGAUUUAGUCUCCCGAGGAUGCUUGCCGGACGAAGUAACCACUAGUUGGUGGAAUGGACCUUCAUGGUUGAUAAUGAACGAAGAAUUCUGGCCACUGCAACAAGAGCUAAAAAAGGAUGCAGUUAUAGAAGACGAGAAGGCUGUUGUACUCAUCGCCACACAAGAAGAAUCCUUUAGCAAGCAACUAUUCGCAAGGUUUUCAUCGUACUCAAGGUUGCGAAGAGUAGUGAGCUACUGUUUUCGUUUCAUACGUCGAUGGCUAAAACGAGAACAACCAGCAAGGAACAACGACGAUGAAGGGUCAAGGUGGUUGACGACGAGUGAGCUUCAAUUAGGAGAGACGGUCAUUUGUAGUAUGGCACAGCGCGAUGCAUUUGCAGCCGAACUCAGUACAUUGGCGAAGACGAAUCGUGUCUUAGAAUCAUCACCGCUUAAAUAUUUACACCCAUUCAUCGGCACAGAUGGACUUAUUAGAGUAGGCGGGCGGCUGGGCAAUGCAACAUUAAGCAAAAGUGAGCAGUUUCCGAUAGUAAUUCCAAAAAAUCAUCCUCUCGCUGAUCUAUUGGCUUAUCAUUAUCAUCGUCAAAUGUUGCAUGCUGGACCGCAGGCUAUGCUGGACGAGAUUCGUCAAACCUUUUGGAUACUGGGUGCUAGAUUGCUCCUGCGACGGACAUAUCAUCAGUGCAUCACUUGUUUCAGGUGCAACCCGAAGACAGUACAGCAACCCGUAGCACCGCUCCCAGCGACUCGUGUGUCGGCAUCAAAACCAUUCUCUAUCACCGGGGUUGACUAUUGUGGGCCCAUCUUUACGAGAACGAAUCGAAGAGCAGUUGCACGCAAAUCUUAUAUCGCUAUUUUUAUCUGUUUUAGCACCCGAGCAAUCCACAUCGAACUUGUAUCGGACCUUACAACAGAGGCGUUUAUCGGAGCUCUUCGGAGAUUUAUUGCGAGACGAGGGAAGGUCGUUGAGAUUCACUCCGACAACGGGACGAAUUUUAAGGGAGCCGCUAACCAGCUGAACGAAUUGUACGAGUUAUUGCAAACUGAAAAACAUGCAAGUAGCAUUCAUCAUUGGUGUCUAGAGAAACAGAUAGCUUGGAAAUUUAUUCCAACUCGCGCCCCUAAUUUUAGAGGAUUAUGGGAAGCUGCGGUUAAAUCUACAAAGUUUCACUUUAUGAGAGUAGCAGGAGAGACUAGCUUAACGUUUGAGGAAGCAUGUACUCUAUUAGCAGAAAUAGAAGCAAUUCUGAAUAGUAGGCCAAUUACCGAAAUAUCAACUGAUCCCGAAUCACUAGAAGCACUCACACCAGGUCAUUUUCUAAUAGUAAAUCAACCUAGAAUUCUCGAUGAUGUAGAUCAAACAGAAAUAAUACAAAACAGAUUAAGUCGUUGGCAACUAAUCACAAAAAUGAGCCAACAAUUUUGGAAACGAUGGCAUAGAGAAUAUUUGCAAGGACUUAUGCUAAAGAAUGGAAAACAAGGAAAACCGGUUGAGAUAAGAGAGGGUAUGUUAGUACUUCUAUUUGAAGAUAACUGUCCACCUACACGAUGGCCUCUUGCUAGAAUUGUGGAAGUGCAUAAGGGAAAGGAUGAAAUAGUACGAGUGGUUACGGUGAAAACACAAAGAGGAAUAUUCAAGAGACCUGUGUGCAAAAUCUGCAUUUUACCUAUACAAGCAGCUGAAUCUGAACAAGAAGAGGGUAAUAAGACAGGCGAUUAGAAAAAAACCCACUUGGGUUUUUGGUGGCCGGCAUGUUGACGCCUUACGGUAGGCAAUGUGCAUGGCACAAUUAGAAUUAGGACAACUAGGGUAAUUAGUACAGAAAGGAUUAGAUCGUAAUUAUAAAUAAGAAGAAUUAGAAGAACAGUGAAUUUGACAGGGAAUAAACAUUAGCACUUGAAACCUCGGCGAGAUAACAACAUUAUUUACAACGAUUGAGAAAGCGUCAUCAAAGCCUUUAAUGUGGGUUAUUGUUUUUGGUAUAGGCCAGUGCAAUAUUUUUUCUAAUUUGUUUGGAUUGGGUUUGAUGCCAUCUUGA